GCAGCCGGAGCGGGAAAUCACCCCAGCAUCGGUCAGCGGCAAAGAGGCUUCCUCGGCACGUGCAAAAAAUUCCCGUCCCUCGCCUUCGGCGGGAAGAGCAGCGGCCGGCCGGGGCAGGGAACCCUCCCCCUUCGAGGGCGCCCGGCCCCGCUGCGGGCGGCGGGGGCAGCGCUGCGGCCGUGCCCGGCCCCGCUCGCCUUUCCCCCUUUUCCCGGCCCGGGUCGCCGCCUCGCCGCUCCUUCCCCCCUCGCUGGCUCCGCGCUCGCCCCUUCCCCGCUUAAGGUGGCCCCGCGGGAUGCGCGGCGCGCAGGAGCCGCUGCGGGCGGCCCUCGGCGCUCCCCCCACCCCCGGCACGGGGUGGCCUUAAAUCGGCUCCGCGCCGCUCGUAGCCGCAUCGCCGGCGCCGUCUGAAGGCGGGCGCCGCCAUCCCCCGGCAGCGCCGACGGGCCGGUCCCGGUGCCGGUCCCGGUGCCGUUCCCAGGGCGCAGGGAGGACACGCCUCCGCCCGGCGGCGGACGAUGCUCCCCCGGCAGCCCCCGGCACGGUGCCGCCCCGCGCCCGGCGCCCCGGCGUCUCCGCCUUGACCGGCCCAUCUCGCCAGGUAGAGAGAUGCCUGGCCAUUGGAAGCUCCCUGCAGCAUGCUGAGGAGACGUAACCUUCUUACCACGCUCCUGAUUGCCUUGCCAUGGGCUCUUCUCCUAACCUUGUGGCACCAGUACCCAACCACCCAUUACCUCAGCCUGCUGAGAAAAACAGAUGAGAACGUGACCUCUAAAGCUCUCCUUAAUGGUACAUCUGCACUGAGAGAAGAAGUCUUCCCAUCAUGCACACGGCAGCAGCAAAGCAUAGGGGCAACGCCUAAAAUCAUCCAGAAUUAUGUGUACUCCAGGCCUCCCCCAUGGUCAGACACCCUGCCAACCAUCUUUGUUAUCACCCCAACCUACACCCGGCCAGUGCAAAAAGCUGAGCUGACCCGUCUGGCCAACACCUUCCUCCAUGUACAGAACCUGCACUGGGUAGUAGUGGAGGAUUCUCCACGGAGGACCAACCUUGUAUCCAACCUGCUGGAGAAGGCUGGGCUCAACUUCACCCACCUCAAUGUGGAGACACCCAAGAGUCUGAAGCUGGGUCUGUCCUGGAUCCCAUCCCACACCCCGAGGGGGACACUACAGAGGAACCUGGGGCUGCACUGGCUGAGGGACAGCUUCAGCAACACCGCACCACCAGAAGGUGUAGUCUAUUUUGCUGAUGAUGAUAACACCUACAGCCUGGAGCUCUUUGAGGAGAUGCGCUACACAAGGCGGGUCUCAGUCUGGCCAGUGGCUUUCGUUGGGGGGCUGCGAUAUGAAUCCCCAAAAGUGAGCCCAGCAGGAAAGGUGGUGGGCUGGAAAACCGUCUUUGACCCUAAUCGUCCCUUUGCUAUUGACAUGGCCGGGUUUGCUAUCAGCAUCAAGUUGAUUUUGGAGAGGCCUCAUGCCAGUUUCAAGCUGGAGGGAGUUAAAGGAGGGUACCAGGAAACAAGUCUGCUGAAGGAUUUAGUGACUAUGGAUGGGCUGGAGCCCAAAGCAGCUAACUGCACAAAGGUGUUGGUCUGGCACACAAGAACUGAGAGGCCCACUCUGGUUAAUGAAGGCAAGCGUGGGUUUACAGACCCCAGAGUAGAGGUGUAAGCAGAGAGCCAGCUCCAGAGUAGGCAGAGGGCUGUGAUUGAUCCUGAAGUUCAUCAGCAACCACAGCAGCUGUGCACCCUGCCUGUCCUGCCCCGCGCUCUGCUCCACUGCUGGAGGAUGAUAAACACCCCCAAAUGUCACCACUCCAAACAGCUCCCAUUGCCCAAAGAGGUGGUAAUAAGGAGGGACAGAGCUGAGGUGAUGCCCUGAGAUCUUCCCCACCUAGGAGAGGAGUGCUUCCCUUCCCCACUGGCCCCUGUACUUUUAACCAUUUGCUAAAACUUACUGGAUGUGAUCUUCAUUCUCUGCUGUGCCAGCACAGAGGCUGUAAUCCAGGAUGGGUGCAGGUGCCUCCAAAGGUCUCUCCUGGCAUCCUGCAAAACCUGAGCUUCAGUACAGCAACUGCAAACUGCAGUAAUUCAAGGACAGGAGUUUGUCACUAAAGCACAAACAUGGACUUGUUGGCCUGAGGCUGGUGUGCUCUCAAAACAGCUUUAAAGCAAAGCUGGCAUGAGAGUCUCUCCCUCUGAGGGAUGCACUCCAAUACGUACACAGAUCAGCCUUCAGUGUUGGAGAGGAAGCUGUGCUGACAAACCUCAUUUGGGGUUUGGGAGUUCAGAAGGGAUGUGGUGCCUAUCCCUCAGCUCAGAUCUUGAACUGUUCCUGCUUAAGGUUGUUUUGAAAAACUCCAUCUGAGAUCCCCAGGCACAGACCCCUCUGGAUGAAGUUCCACUCCUGCUUUGGGAGACGUGGCAGGUACUGUACCUCAGGGGCCAUGCAGAGAGCCAUGUGCUGCGGCAGAGAGCAGAAAGCAGGGGCAAAUGACUUGAACGUGUUCAAGGCCUGGAAGCCUGCUGCAGCACCAUCAGGUGCUUCAGGAGCCUCAAAUCAUGUGCAUAGACUUGCUUCCUGGACCUCCAGAGAGGAAGACAACUCUCUGAGAGGGAGGUGGGCGAGAAGCACUCAGAGAAGAGGAACCCUGAGCCUGCACUCAUCUGCUGUGAGAGCAUCAAGGAAUGUGGAGACAUCAUCUGAAAACCUAUCUUGAGCACAUACAUGACAACUGAAAUAACAAAUGUGGCAAGGUUUUCCAGCUGAACUUUGAAAGGAGUCUGUGGUGCUGUGAAGAGAGAAGAGUCAGUGUCAUGUGGAAGGGUUUCCCUUUCCCUCAAUAAAACAGGAAGACAGCCAGGUGGGAGGCAGCCUACAAAACAGGAGGUGCAAAUGAGGACCAAAGGAAGGAUGUACUGGAUUAAAAGCACAAGUGUUGCUACCAUAUGUGUGCGUGGGGAGUGGUGUCACUGUGACUUUUCCAGGAAGAUUCCUUGAAUGACCCAGAAACCCCUCUGAGCAGAUCUUUAAAACCUUCUUCACUUAGGCCAUGAGAAACGAGGCUUAAGGCAUUCAAAACACAUCAAAGAUUUCACAGCUGGGAGAAAGUUAUAAGUAACUGAGUCAUCCCUUGCCCAAAGAAUUCAGGGCUGGCAGGAAACUUAUUUAUUUGUUGAUUUAUUUAUACUAGAAUUCUUCUCUGCCUAUUCCUUGUUUAGCUUUGGUUUCUAGCUUAGGUCACAUGACAUAUUCAUGAAGAACAUUUCCCCCCUUGCCUCAGAACAGUAGAGCUUGGUGUUCACCGAUGAAUGUCAUAUGUUCUGUGCUCCCUGGGGUUUCUUUACAUGGUAUCUCAAACUGGCAAAAUAAUCAGAAACACAGCAAGGGGAGCAGUACAGCGAAGGAAAUUACAGUUCUUUUAUGCAACAAACGUGGGUGGCACUAAGUUUCUGGCUCCCAAGCAAUCACACUGAGGUAAAAACAUGAGCAAAGGACUGCCUCACUCAGCAGACAGUCCCCAUGGGCUCUCAGGAAGCCUCCAUGAAGGGGGCUCUUUGAAGGGUAUCUGAGAAAGGGAGUUGGUCCAUAUUCCCUCAGUGGAGAAGGAGCAACCACGCAUCCUGCUAUAGGAGGGGACCAAAGUAUGGGAGAGGCACAGGAGAAGAGAUUCCUCCUUUCAGAGAGAGAGAUGGAGAAAUCAAAGAAUAGGCAACAACUACAGAAAUGGAGACUGCAUUUAGUGAGGCUAAGGCCAGGGCCUGUCUGGAUGAAUACACCAGCAGUACAAGGCCACCCUGCCAGCUGUCUCAGCAUGAAGGAAAUAUUCAACGGGGUGAGAAAGCAAUGUACUCUCUGGACUGUAGAAAGGUCCUCACAGAGCUUACUGGCACCUGAUAGCAUGAAGGAAGUCCAGCAUCCACAAAAUGCUUUUCACUCUGCAUUUGUCAGAGCUUUUUGUCCUGCCCUCUGCAGAAGGUAGCAGGGCUUGCACUCCAGUGGGCUUCACCAGCCCAUCCUGCCACGAGGCAGGUGGGCUCAGUGCUUCUACCCAGCAUUACCUCAAGAUUAAGUCCCCUUCUUUGUGGUUUCAAUGAAUGAGCAAGAGUGAGGGAAUAAAGGAGUUGAUUUAUGAUCCUCCAUUUUCUCCUCUGAGAUGGGCAAAGUUUCUGCCCGUAUGAACAGGAGGAGAUGUGGUGAUUAAUUCUCUGACCUUUAACCUCACACAGGUCCUACACAGGGUUUAAGCACUGACAGUGAGUGUUUGUAGCAAGGAUCCAUUCCCAUUACAACAGAUCCCACCACAUACAUGUUUUUAGAGAGCUGUUAUCUCUACAUCCUUACAAGAAACCAAAAUUACUCUUUCUGUAUCUACUACACUGUAGUCAUGGUCAGAGUCGGCUCUCAAGACCAGCCCUAUUGCACCACCUCCAUUCUUGCCCCAGCCUGGCCCUGUGGAGCAGACCUUCUGUGAAUCAAGAAGUUCUGUCAGUCACUACAUUGUGCAGAACCGAGACCUUGUCUGGGCAGCUGACAUUCCAGGCUAGCAGACAGAUGGACCUGUUUAGGACAAAUACUCUGUUCCCUGUAGAGCAGCCUGAGGACAGCAAGGACUGCUGCUGGCCAAGACGUAUCAACUAAGGGUGGGUGAGGAACAGGUGCCACAAGUUAAGAUGGCUGAUUGCCAGCAGAGCAGGGUGGGAGAGCCCAGGACAGAAGCAGCCGUCAGGGUUACAGGCUUCAGGAGAAGUGAGUGCAGUAAGGAGGGAAGCCACAGAUCAAACAUGAAGUGUUUAAAUAAGAGAAGGCAUCCCAGCACCUGGUUUUUACUAGCAUAUUAGUACCUGAUAUUCAUGUUCUCUGAGAUUCAUCCGACUCACCAACCAAUGAAUAUUACUAACCUUUCCUGUUGCAGAAAAUGCUAUUGAUGAACAAAAGAGAAUGUCAAGAAAGUACUUUUUAAUGGUUAUUUAUUUAUAUUGAAUGGUACUAGAGCAUUAUUAAAUAUGAUGUGAAUAGUAUGAUA